ACCCGCAGAGGUUCUCCUCAAGGGAAGAGGGAGGGGAGCCUCUCGGCCAGGAGUUCCAAGGGGCAGCGGAAGGUGGAGCUGCCGCCUGCCCGCAGCCUGCCUGCCCGCCCGCUGUGGUGUGAUCCCUCCUGGAUCUGGUUUCCAGGGAUGCUGGCCUGGAUUUUGUAGCAUCUCACGUGGCCUGGACGGGAUCACAUGGUGGAAGGAGCAGCAGCAGCAGCAGCAGCUCCGUGGUGGCUGCCGAGGAGGCCAGAAGGGAGGCGAGCCAGGGGCCAGCAUUGAAGCAUGUCGAGCGACCCUCCCCCGCCGUACCCGGGGGGCCCGUCCGCCCCGCUCAUUGAGGAGAAGGAUGGUUCCCCUUUCCCAGCAGGCAGGGUCUCGCCCGCUGUGGUCCAGCCACCUUCGGAUGUCGGCCCUCCGCCCUACGAACCGCCACCGCUGCAGCCGGGCUUCGUUCCCCCACCUGUGUCAGCCGAUGGCUCCAUGCCCUACAUGCCACCUGGAGGCUACUACAUGCCACCAGGACCGCACCCCCCGAUGGGCUACUAUGCCCCGGCCGGCCCCUACGCCCCUGCUGGUCCCUAUGCCCCUACCAGCCCCUACGCCCCGGCCGGCGGCCAGACGGCGACGGUCCUGGUGCCCUCGGGGACCUCGACCACGGUGACGGUCCUGCAAGGCGAGAUCUUCCAGGCGGCGCCUGUGCCCACAGUCUGCCCGCACUGCCAGCAGGCCAUCACCACCAAGGUCACCCACGAGAUCGGCCUCAUGAACUUCCUCCUGGGCUUCUUCUGCUGCUUUAUGGGGUGUGACCUCGGCUGCUGCUUGAUCCCCUGCCUGAUCGAUGAGUUCAAGGAUGUGACGCACACCUGCCCCAACUGCGAGGCUUACAUCUACACGUACAAGCGCAUGUGCUAACACUGCACAUGUUCCCACCCUGGGUGGGGGGUGCGGGGGGGGUGGAGAGGCCGACCUCCAUCUCCUUUCACCACUGGCCGGAUUCCCUUGCUUCCCGUCUGUCCUUGCUCGUCUCCUUUCUCCUCCUCCUCCUGUUGCAGAGAGUUCCCAAGGCUACCUCGGAGGCCUCCUAGCGUCUCUCACAGGGGCCUCAGAGGGGGAAGAGGAGCAGCCCUCCUGGCUUGCUGCUCCUGUCCGUGUGUCCCCACCCCCACCCCGGGUCUCUGUAGCUCCCCACCCCUGGCACCCGGCUAGCAUGGGGCCCAGCUGCGUGGAAAGCAGGAUUCAUCCUGCAGAGGCAGGGCAGGCCCUGAGCCCGCUGUCCACUUUGACUUCUACUCCUUACACCUGCCGAGAAAGAAGGCAGCUGUACCUUGGGGUGCCGUGUCACGUUUCUGGAGCGCUGGAGGCACUGCUGACGGGGGGGGCAAGGAGCUCCAUCCUCUCGUGCGCAAAAGAAGCGACUGUGGGGGUGGGGGUUGGAGGUGAGUCUGCCUGCUUUUGUUCCCAGACCGUGGCUUGUGCGUUGGGCUCCCAUGGUGUCUUGGCCUGUCCCUGAAGGCUGCUCUGCUGCUUGUUUUUUUCCCUGGGGGGGCCACUGGAUGCCAAGAGAGAGGGUGCUGCCUUGGCCGGGGAGGUGGACGUUCUCCGUGGCCGCUGCAGAAGCCCCCUUAGAUGGGUCCCUGAAGUCUGGACUCUUCUUGCUAGGAGGGCCAGGCUGUGGACGUUGCCUCUGCUUCCGUCCCCCCCAUCCCCCACCCGUGCGUCUGGCAGCCCUGUUCUUGGUCUCACCUGCCCGUUUUCUCUCUCCUCGCGCUAUGCCUGCUCUCUGCGCCAUCUGUCUGUGUGUUUUAGGGAUGGGGGGGCAGAGUCAAGACGUUCAGCACUUUGUAAUCCGCUCUCAUCCCCAGCAUGGAAAUGUCUGAGUGAGCUGGAGUGACAGCUUGCUUGAAUUCCAUUUCGUGUUUUGUUUUUGUUAUGAAAACUAUUUGUGACUGUGCAGCAAUGUGACACACCUGUGCCCACCUUCCUGCCCCCCCCCGGUCUUGCACUGAUUCCUCUAGAAGAGCCAGUUUUGCACUGACGGCAAGCAAUGGGGCCAGGAGGGGGAGCCCGCUGCCCAGGUUCCUCCGUCCAUCGGGCAUGCACGCUCUCUUUCCUGAUUGGUGCCUCCAGAGCACGUGGCCUUCCCUCGUUCCCUCCAGCCCCGUCCUCCACCCACCCACCACUCCGUCCCAAGGGCUGCUGUGGACGAGGAAGGUGCAAGAGCACAAAGCCGGAGGCCCUGAGGACGACAGAUCCAGCUGUGAAAUAUUUUGAGCCAGCCGGAAGGGUUUACGCUGUUACUGCACAGCAGGAAGUAAGCGGCUGGUGCUUUUCUGUGGUUGUAUAUAAAUAAACGACAAACCCACCGUG